AUGGAACGUGGAAUCAGUGGCAUUGAUCGGCCAGUCCUCCAGAUGCAAUUGAUACGUCACCUUGCUAAAUCACAUGGAGCUUGUUUGGUGGACAGAUUAUGUGUACAUUUAGCACAAACUUAUGGCGUCCAGUGGCCUACUCCCGCCUCCAGCAAUAAGCCAGACGACCAAAAAGACAGCACCGGUGCUAUUCAAACUGAUUCGCCCUCCCCUAGUAGCCCAGACUUUGUCAAUCCCAUGACCCCGGAUCAGCGCCAACAGUUGGUCGAGAUGCUGAAACACUCGGGUGCUGCAGAUGCCGCUCAGACAUCCUCUGCUCUACAAAACGUAAUCGAGAAAAUGCGGGCAAUCCAGCAAACAGCAAACGUUGGUUUGACCGACUAUUAUUUGGCUGUGGAAGCUUUGGCGACGGAUCAUACUGGCAUCAGCCUACCUACUUUGCAUGCGCGGGUAGACAACAAACGCAGGAAAGAGGAACGGAGCAAGGCGAAUGAGUUAGCCCUACAAGUUGAACUGCAACUACAAACAGCAAUAGAGGCGCUUCACAAAGAAGCGGAUAUGCGGUUGGCAGCCACGGCAAGCCUGGCAGCCGUGUGUCUAUUCGCUCAGGUCGCGACUGGUUGGCCCGUAACUGCACCCGGAAAAUGUGUUCCUGACCUGGUUAGUUGGCUUUCCGACUUUGUAUCUUCUCGAAGAUCUUCAAACAAUUCCAAAGAGACAACCACAUCACCCGCACUGCAAGCUCUGUUAAACUCAACCGCAAUACCAGAUCUUGUCGAACUUACUGCUCUUAUCUCUCAGCACAUGCAUUCUGGCAUUGAUAUCAGUUUCAACACUGACUUGGGGACUAAAUUCGAACAGGUGGUCAAUGUGGCUAAACAAUGCCGGAAGUUGAUGACGUGA